AUGAAGUACACGAUCCUGGCUGCCACACUGGCCGCCAGCGUUGCCGCCUCGCCUUCUCACCACCACCAGCACCACCAUGCGAAGAAGAACGCUCCUAACAAGGUCGAGAAGCGUGCGCCGGAUGCUGUCACCCAGGUUGUCGUUGGUCCUACCGCUACCGUGUACCAGCUCGACGGCAAGAUUCUCGAUGCCGACAAGGCCGCGGCUGGCCUGGCUGACGGUGAAUACGUCGUUGUUGGAGAGACAACCCCGACUUACGUUCCCCCGCCGCCGCCUCCUCCCCCAUCUUCGACUCCGGCCACGACGUCCAGCGCCGGAGGCAUGAAGGCUCAGUUCAUCGAGGAGCCCUCUUCCUCGUCCGCACCUCCCACCACCACCUCCGCUCCUCCGCCGCCGCCCACGACCACGGCGCAGCCCACGAGCAGCUCUGCCCCUCCUCCUCCCAAGUCCUCGAAGCCUGCCCAGCCGAGCACCCCCUCUGGCGGUAGCGGACUGAACGCCGAUUUCCCCAGCGGAAAGAUCCCGUGCUCUCACUUCCCGUCUGAUUAUGGCGCCGUGCCCCUCAACUGGCUAGGCACCGGCGGCUGGUCCGGUCUCCAAUUCGUUCCUGGCUAUACAGCGGAUUCGCUCAGCAUCAGCGACAUCAUCACCGGUGUUGUUGGCGACUCGUGCAAGUCAGGAGGCAUGUGCUCUUAUGCUUGCCCUCCCGGCUACCAGAAGACCCAGUGGCCCUCAGCCCAGGGAUCGACUCUGCAAUCCAUUGGCGGUCUUUACUGCAACUCGGACGGCUUCCUCGAGCUGACUCGCCCUGACCACCCCAAGCUUUGCGAGGCUGGUGCUGGCGGUGUUACCAUCCAGAACGACCUCGACGACUCCGUUUGCACGUGCCGAACCGACUACCCCGGUAUCGAGAGCAUGGUUAUUCCCGCCUGUGCCACUGCCGGUCAGACCAUUCCCCUCUGCAACCCCGACGAGUCUGACUACUAUGUGUGGGAUGGCAAGAGCACCUCCGCCCAGUACUACGUCAACAAGAAGGGCUACGGAGUUGCAGAUGCUUGCGUCUGGAACAGCCCUCUGGACCCCAAGGGAGCUGGUAACUGGUCUCCUGUCAUCCUUGGUGUUGGCAAGACCGCUGGUGGCUUGACCUUCCUCUCCAUCUUCCAGAACCUUCCCACUAGCACUGCUCUGCUGGACUUCAACAUUGAAAUCACUGGUGAUGUCAACAGCAAAUGCUCGUACAUCAACGGCGUGUGGACUGGCGGCAACAACGGUUGCACGACUGCCAUGCCCGCUGGUGGCUCAGCCGUUAUCCGAUACUUUUAA